AUGGACGCAGGGAAGAAGGACAAGGUCGUCGCGGCGCUGAAGUCGGAGGUGCCGGACGUCGCGGCCAUGGUCAUCAUGGACGAGGCGGGCACGGUGCUCGUCAACACGUCCAAGAGCAACGACGCGAAGGAGCUCGGCGCGCUUCCGAAGGCGUUCGACGACCGGGAAGCGGCGGUGAUGAACGGAGUCGUGUUGGAACAGACGCGGUACGAGGUCCACAAGCACCACCCAGAGUGCAACCCGGGGCUCGUGUACGGCCGGACCAUGCACCCCAAAGAGGACCCGCUGAACUCCACAGGGUUCAUGAUGGCGAAGUUCCCCAGCGGCCCGACGGGCAAGCCGCUGGUGGUGAUGGCGACGUAUGCCAUGCCCAACAUAUCUGCGCGCAUGAUCCCGGAAGUGACGGCCUUCAUCAACAAGCACUUCUUCUAG